AUGCCACAUUCCAUCUGUGUGCCACUAUCCAUCCCUUGCCAACUUCCAAUAUGUGCCCUGAAUCAUAGGAGUUUACCAAGAGAGGUCACCAAGGAGGACACAAGGAGAACAGCAGACAGUGCUUCAAUCAACAUUUUCAUUAUCAUCCACACAAUGUUGUGCGUUCUGCAUUUCUGUGUAUUUAUGUAUAUUGUAAGUACUACUUCCUCACCUUAUAUGCAUUAUUUGUAACUUAUUUAAUUUUUGUUUUCAUCUCCUCCCCUCCUGCGCAUGACUCCAAAUUUGACCAUGUUAAUAUUCCUUGUAACCCUUUUUAUACUCCUGUCAUGUUCCUACCAGUACCCUCUUAAGCACCACUUACCACAAACUGAGAACCAACUUCUUAUACAUCCUGGCAUGCUUUGUUGUUGUAAUCUAUCUGCUGAGUGCUGGUGGAGAGUGCUGAAAUCAAGCUCUCCCACUCCACAAAAGUAUAAAACCCUACAAUUGCAAUACUUUUUUUUCUUUAUUCUUACAAUUGCAAUACUGCUAAAGUAAUAUUAUAUCCAAAUUCCUAUUACUCGUGUUACUUGCCCUUGCAAAUGAUGCAGAAUCUCUGGCAGACCUCUUGCUCAUGGUGGCAAACUAUUGCUUAUUUGCCCUCCACCAAAAAAAAAAAAAAGUAAUCCCCCCUAUUUUAUGGCCCCAGGACCUGUACUAUUAAUCGGCAACAUGCUGCUGUACAGGCUGCUCAGGAAGAGAUUGCUCAGCUCAGUCUUCAGUUAACACAAGCUCAAGAAGACAUAGAGCAUAUCAGGGCUAUAGCCACUGUGUCUGAGAACACCAAACAGGAAGCCAUAGAUGAAGAGAAGAAGCAAUGGCAAGAAGAAGUAGUGUCUCUUCAAGCAAUCAUGAAAGAGACAGUGCGUGAGUAUGAGCUGCAGUUCCAUCACAGACUGGAGCAAGAACGUGCUCAGUGGGGUCAGUACCGGGAAUCUGUAGAAAGAGAGAUUACAGAGCUCAGGAGGUGGCUAUCUGAAGGACAACAAGAGGAAAAUCUAGAAAAUUACAUGAAGAAGGCUCAAGAGGAUGCGGAAAAAGCUGCGUUCAGUUGUAAUCAAAAUGAGCAUAUUCGUGCAUUGCAUGAAUCACUUGUUUGA